AUGAAAGCUAUAGGGAAUUGCGACUCGGGGGCACACACAACGGUGGAAGUGGCCCCGGUAUUGUUCACGCCGCCGGAGCCUGAGCCUACACUCGAGGAGUAUGAGCGGCUAUUUGGAGUCGAUGAGGAUGCCUAUGAGCAGCCUACCACAACCAGAAAGGAACUUUGGUCCUACUAUCUCUACUACAAUGGCGACAAUGGGGUUGGCCCAGGCUCUUAUAGCCAAGCACUGUUUCAAUGGGCAUUGAACGGGGCUGGAUUUCAACCAAAUACAGAUCCACCACUACCUUGUACCAACUCCUCUGCAUGCGUGGUACCUUGGGCUGGUGGCACUCGAUCAAUCUCAUCGGUGAUUCUGAUUGCAAAUGGUCUCUGCUUCACCUUCAUGACAGUCAUCUUUGUCUGGCUAGGGAGUGCUGCUGACUACGGGUCCUUUGGUCGAUGGCUACUUCUUGUUCUGACGGUGAUCUGCUGGGCGCUACAGUACGGCAUGAUGGCCAUCCGCAAUCCAAGCCAGUGGCCUGCUGCGAUGGCAAUCUACGUUGUUGCGUACAUUUGUUAUGGGUCAACACUGGUCUUCUACGCUGCCGUGUUCCCUCGUUUGGCAAAAUACAUGCCGAACGUACGAGAAGCACGGGAAGAAGACUUGAGGGAAGGCAAAAUCGACCAAAAGGAAUACGACGUGAUUGAGUCACUGGAGCGCAACCACAUUAGUAAUAUUUCGACUGCUCACAGCAACAUUGGAUACCUGCUCACGCUGGUAUUGAAUUUGAGCGUUCUUUUGCCGAUGCAGCACAACCCAUUCUCGAACAAUCUGGCACUUUGCCUGACUAAUUCGUAUUGGGUCAUCUUAGGGAUAUGGUGGUUCCUCUUUCAGCAGAAGCGCCCUGGACCCUCCAUCCCCAGAGGCUCCAGUUACGCGACCAUUGGGUUCAAGCAGAUCUGGCUCGCAGUGCGCGAGAUUAGGUCUCUGCCGCAAACCUUUCUCUACUUUGUCGCUUAUUUCCUGCUUGCCGAUGGACUGAACACCACUGGAACUCUUGUCAGCAUCAUCCAGAAUGAUCAAAUUUCAUUCUCAUUUCUCCAAUUGACAUAUCUGGGGAUUGUCCAGGCGGCUUGCUCCAUUGCCUCGACGUUCGGAUUCUGGUAUAUUCAAAAGUACUUUAGAUUCACGACAAAGUCGAUGUUUCUUUUCACCAACUUUUUCACCGUCUUCAUACCCUUCUGGGGCAUGCUAGGACUCUGGACUCGUCGCAUUGGAUAUCACAAUACAUGGGAGUUUUAUUUCUACAAUGUUGUAUUUGGCCUCUUCCAGGCUCCCUACUACGCGUAUGCUCAAACCAUGGUCUCUGAAAUGAUUCCGAGUGGUUACGAUAACAUGUUCUUUGCGCUCUUCGGGAUAACCAAUCGCGCGUCCUCAAUCAUUGGACCCAAUGUCAUCCAAGCCAUUAUCAACGAGACACGAAACAACUGGAUGGGAUUCCCUUUUCUAUUCGCCAUUUGCGCGACGGCAAUGAUUGUGAUAUGCUUUGUGAACGUGGAAAAGGGCCGCGAGGACUGUAAAAAGUUCACUGAACGGCGCAAAGUCGAUCGGGUUGUAGCAGAGGUGGGUAUCAACGCCGACACAAUCGCCAAGGGCAAGGGACCAGCUGGGAAUGGGAAUGGGAAUGAGAGGGUUGAGUCGGCAAGAUCGGCAGCUCAGUUUGACGGCGAUUAA